CCCAUUUCUCGAUCCGUUCUUCACCCAUCACUCCUCCACUCCUUCGCUCCACUCCACUCCUUCCUUCACCUCUCUCCUCUUUCUUUUUUCUUUCUAUUCAUUUCCUUGAACCGGGCGGUCCCUCUUCUCUUCGUCUCUUCCUCUCGAAAGCACUCUCUCACCAUGUUCCGAGUCCAGACUGCCUCCAACAUCCUGCGCCGCACUGCUGCCAGCCGUGCCUUCCACACCUCGCGUCCUGCGAUGCAGGUCUUUGCGUCCAAGCCCUUGAACGCCAAGGAGACCUCGAGCCCUAUUACGUCCAAGUACCCCAUCAUCGACCACACCUACGAUGCCCUUGUCAUCGGUGCCGGUGGUGCCGGUCUCCGUGCUGCCUUCGGUCUUGCUGAGGCUGGUCUCAACACUGCCUGUAUCUCCAAGCUCUUCCCUACCCGUUCCCACACCGUCGCCGCCCAGGGUGGUGUCAAUGCUGCUCUCGGUAACAUGGGCGAGGAUGACUGGAGAUGGCACAUGUACGAUACCGUCAAGGGUUCCGACUGGCUCGGUGAUCAGGAUGCUAUCCAUUACAUGUGUCGCGAGGCUCCCCACAGUGUUAUCGAGUUGGAGCAUUAUGGUGUCCCCUUCUCCAGAACCAAGGAGGGCAAGAUUUACCAGCGUGCCUUUGGUGGUCAGAGUUUGAAGUUCGGCGAGGGUGGUCAGGCUUACCGCUGCGCUGCCGUCGCUGAUCGUACCGGUCACUCGAUCCUUCACACCCUUUAUGGCCAGUCCCUCCGCCACAACACCAACUUCUUCAUCGAGUAUUUCGCCAUGGAUCUCAUCAUGGAGAACGGCGAGUGCCGUGGUGUCAUUGCCAUGAACAUGGAGGACGGUACCCUCCACCGCUUCCGCGCCCAUAAGACUGUGCUUGCCACCGGAGGAUACGGCCGUGCUUACUUCUCCUGCACCUCUGCCCACACUUGCACUGGUGACGGUAACGCCAUGGUUGCCCGUGCCGGUCUUCCCCUGCAGGACUUGGAGUUUGUCCAGUUCCAUCCCACUGGUAUUUACGGUGCCGGAUGCCUGAUCACUGAGGGUUCUCGCGGUGAGGGUGGAUACCUUUUGAACUCGGAGGGUGAGCGUUUCAUGGAGCGUUAUGCCCCCACUGCCAAGGAUCUUGCCUCCCGUGAUGUUGUCUCCCGUUCGAUGACCAUGGAGAUCCGCGAGGGUCGCGGCGUGGGCCCCGAGAAGGACCAUAUCUACCUCCAGCUCUCUCACUUGCCUGCCUCUGUCCUCCACGAGCGUCUCCCCGGUAUCUCUGAGACCGCUGCUAUUUUCUCCGGAGUCGAUGUCACCAAGGAGCCCAUCCCCGUCUUGCCCACUGUCCACUACAACAUGGGUGGUAUCCCCACCAAGUACACUGGUGAAGUCUUGACCGUUGACGAGAACGGAAACGACAAGGUCGUCCCUGGUCUGUACGCCGCCGGUGAGGCUGCCUGUGUGUCAGUCCACGGUGCCAACCGUUUGGGUGCCAACUCGCUCUUGGAUAUCGUCGUCUUUGGUCGUGCUUGCGCCCACCACAUCCGCGACAACUUGGAGCCCAACACUCCCCACCGUCCCUUGGCCGCUGAUGCCGGUGCAGAGUCGAUCGCCAACUUGGACAAGCUUCGCUAUGCCACUGGCCCUAUCUCGACUGCCGCUCUCCGCUUGAACAUGCAGAAGGUUAUGCAGAACGAUGCUGCCGUGUUCCGUAUGCAGUCGUCUUUGGAUGAGGGUGUCGAGAAGAUUGACAAGGUGUUCAAGUCGUUCAAGGAUGUCGGUGUCACUGACCGCAGCAUGAUCUGGAACUCUGACCUGGUCGAGACCCUCGAGCUCCAGAACCUGUUGACGUGUGCUGCUCAGACGAUGCACUCGGCUAGUGCCCGCAAGGAGUCCCGUGGAGCUCACGCACGUGAGGAUUUCCAGGAGCGUGAUGAUAAGAACUGGAUGAAGCACACUUUGUCAUGGCAGAACCAGGAGACUGGCGAGGUUAAGCUGAGCUACCGUGCUGUUACUAGCAAGACCUUGGACGAGAACGAGUGCAAGUCUGUUCCUCCCAAGAAACGUGUCUACUAAGUGUAUGUGACGGAGAGGUAUAGGAGAAAGAAGAGGUAGAUUGAACGGGGGAGCAUGCUGUUGUUGUUUUUUUAAUCGUUUGACCAAAUAAAAUAAAUGAAUUCAUUCAAUAA